AAAUUCAGCAGCUCCAUUUCUAAUUCUAAGACCAAAUUAAGCAGCCACCACCAAGAUCACGAUAUAGAGUAGAGGACAGCACCUUCUUCUUCUUCCUCCAGCCAUCUUGAAUUCCCACCUGGGAGUAGCAGGAUACAAGAACUGGUCCUGGUCUCCUGCUGGAUCCAUCCUUGAGGUCCAGCUUGGCCUGCGGAAACUCCAAAGCCAACCAAAUCCUCUUCUUUGCUUGGCCUGCCUCUGCUGCCAAACACAUAGCUACAAGAAGAGCCUCACAGCAUAUAUAUCGCCGGCGAUUUCCUUGGAUUUCUUCCACGAAUUACUACCAAUAAGCUAGGCUAGCUGUCUGCCGGCCUUCGUGCUGCCCGCCAGCCAUUGCCGGCCGCCGCCCGACCUUGCAAAUACCCAACCUAGCCUAGCUACUAUAGCUGUAGCUCAGCUUAAUUAGGAACCAACCAACAGACAAGAAGGAAAAAUCCCUUCUUUGUUUGCUUCUUCUCUCCCAGCUCAGGCGAUGGCCGACGGUACGGAUGGGCGGAGGAGCAGCCGGAGGCGGCGGAGGAAGAUGAUGCUGAGCAAGCUCUACACCUUCGCGGCGUGCGCGCGGCGGCCCAGCGCCGUGGACGACGAAGGGUCGAGGAUCGGCGGCCCGGGCUUCUCGCGGGUGGUCCACGCCAACGACGCCGAGGCGGCCGCCGCCGCCGCCGCCGCCGGGGGGUACAGGUCCAACUACAUCUCGACGACGAAGUACAGCGCGGCGACCUUCGUGCCCAAGUCCAUCUUCGAGCAGUUCCGGCGGGUGGCCAACAUCUACUUCCUCGUCACCGCCUGCCUCGCCUUCACCCCUCUCGGACCCUUCAAGGGCGCCACCGCCGUCGCCCCCCUCGUCGUCGUCAUCCUCGCCACCAUGGUCAAGGAGGCCGUCGAGGAUUGGAGGAGGAAGCAGCAGGACAUUGAGGUGAACAACAGAAAGGCAAAGGUUUUCCAGGACGGCGCCUUCCAGCAUACCAAAUGGACAAACCUCCGAGUUGGUGACAUCGUCAAGGUCGAAAAAGACGAAUUCUUUCCUGCUGACCUCAUCCUCCUUUCCUCUAGCUAUGAAGACGCCAUCUGCUAUGUCGAGACGAUGAACCUUGAUGGAGAGACAAAUCUCAAGCUCAAGCAAUCUCUCGAGGUAACUUCCCAUUUGCAGAACGAUGAGAAUUUCGGUGGUUUCGGGGCUGUAAUACGGUGCGAAGACCCGAAUGCGCAUCUGUAUUCAUUUGUCGGGAACAUAGAAGUUGAAGAGCAACAAUACCCUCUCUCGCCUCAGCAGCUCCUUCUCAGAGAUUCAAAGCUUCGGAAUACUGACUAUGUGUACGGCGCAGUUAUUUUCACUGGUCAUGAUACAAAAGUCAUGCAGAAUGCUACCAGUGCUCCAUCCAAGAGGAGUAAGAUUGAGAAAAAGAUGGAUUGGACCAUUUACCUCCUUCUGUCUGGUCUUGUCCUUAUUUCGGUCAUUGGCUCGGUUUUCUUUGGCAUUGCAACCAAAGAUGAUAUGCUAGAUGGCAGGAUGAAAAGAUGGUACCUUAGACCUGAUGACACUACCAUCAUCUUCAGUCCAAAUAAGGCAGCCACAGCAGCAGCGCUGCAUUUCUUGACAGCCAUGAUGCUUUUCGGGUACUUCAUCCCAAUAUCCCUGUACAUCUCCAUUGAGCUUGUCAAGCUCUUGCAGGCUCUGUUCAUCAACAAUGACAUCCAUAUGUAUCAUGAGGAGAGCGACACACCAGCUCGUGCUAGAACCUCCAAUUUGAAUGAGGAGCUGGGUCAAGUCUACACAAUUCUGACAGAUAAAACUGGGACUUUGACUUGCAACUCCAUGGAGUUCAUCAAAUGUUCUAUUGCUGGCACAGCGUAUGGACGUGGUAUCACUGAGGUCGAGAGAGCCAUGGCAAAGAAAAAAGGUUCACCCUUGAUCGCUGAUAUGGAAAUUGGCGUCGAAGGCUUUCAGCCUGAGGGUAAAACUGUGGUCAAAGGAUUUAAUUUCACAGAUGAGCGUGUCAUGGAUGGUAACUGGGUUAACCAGGCCCACUCCGAUGUGAUUGAGAUGUUCUUCCGGUUGUUAGCCACCUGCCACACAUGUAUACCGGAAGUCGAUGAAGAAUCAGGGAAGAUUUCCUAUGAAGCAGAGUCUCCGGAUGAGGCUGCUUUUGUUGUUGCAGCACGGGAACUCGGUUUCACAUUCUACCAGAGGACGCAGGAAGGCGUUUCUCUCCAUGAGCUAGAUCCCUUGUCUGGAGAACAUGUCGAUAGAUCUUAUAGGAUCUUGCAUGUCCUUGAGUUCAACAGCACCCGGAAGCGGAUGUCGGUAAUAGUUAAGGAUGAGGAGGGGAGAACCUUUCUCUUUAGUAAAGGUGCUGACAGCGUAAUGUUCGAGAGGCUAUCAAGGUCUGAUAGUUCGUAUAGAGAAGCAACACAGCAGCACAUAAAUGAAUAUGCUGAUGCUGGUCUGAGGACACUAGUUCUUGCAUACCGCCAACUUGAAGAGGACGAAUAUGCUAAAUUCGACAGGAAGUUCACUGCAGCUAAGAAUUCUGUCAGUGUUGAUAGAGAUGAACUGAUUGAAGAGGCUGCAGAUUUGCUAGAGAGAGAGUUGAUUCUUCUUGGAGCUACCGCUGUUGAGGAUAAACUACAAAAGGGGGUACCUGAAUGCAUCGAUAAGCUUGCUCAAGCUGGCAUCAAGAUAUGGGUGCUGACGGGCGACAAGAUGGAGACCGCCAUCAACAUUGGAUUUGCCUGCAGUCUACUCAGACAAGGGAUGAAGCAAAUAACCAUCACAUUGGACACACCAGAUAUCGUUGCCUUGGAGAAAGGUGAUGACAAAGCAGCCGUUACAAAGGCAUCAAAACACAGUGUGGUAAAUCAAAUAAACGAAGGCAAGAAACUUAUAAAUGCAUCUGCUAGUGAAUCUUUUGCUUUAAUCAUUGAUGGGAAGUCGCUUACAUACGCGCUAAAGGACGACACCAAGGGCAUGUUUCUUGAUCUGGCAAUCUGUUGUGGAUCAGUCAUUUGCUGUCGUUCUUCCCCAAAGCAGAAGGCUCUCGUCACAAGGCUAGUCAAAGCCGGCACUGGUAAAGUUACAUUGGCAAUUGGUGACGGUGCGAACGAUGUAGGCAUGAUUCAAGAAGCAGAUAUUGGGGUAGGAAUCAGUGGUGCAGAAGGGAUGCAGGCUGUCAUGGCAAGCGAUGUUUCCAUUGCGCAGUUCCGCUUCCUUGAGCGUCUGCUGCUUGUUCAUGGGCAUUGGUGUUACAGCAGGAUCUCAUCAAUGAUAUGCUACUUCUUCUAUAAGAACAUCACGUUUGGUCUGACUCUCUUCCUCUACGAGUCCUACACAUCAUUUUCUGGCGAAGCUUUCUAUAACGACUGGUCAAUGUCGCUCUUCAAUGUUCUUUUCACAUCACUUCCUGUGAUCGCUAUGGGCGUGUUUGAUCAAGACGUUUCCGCUCGGUUUUGUCUCAAGUACCCAAUGCUUUACCAGGAGGGUCCUCAGAACCUCCUCUUCCGAUGGUCAAGGAUCCUAGGAUGGAUGUUGCAUGGUGUUCUCAGCGCUAUAAUCAUCUUCUUCCUCACCACCGCGUCGCUCAAGCACCAAGCAUUCCGCAGAGGCGGUGAGGUCAUAGACCUCUCGACCCUUGGCGCUACCGCCUAUACGUGUGUUAUCUGGGCUGUCAACAUUCAGAUGGCCAUCACGGUGAACUACUUCACCCUCAUCCAGCACAUCUGCAUCUGGAGUGGCAUUGCUCUAUGGUACUUGUUCCUCUUGGCCUAUGGCGCGAUCACACCAUCUUUCUCAACCUCAUUCUUCAUGGUGCUCACUGAGGCAUUGGGUGGCGCGCCCUCCUACUGGGUGGUGACCCUGCUGGUGUCUACCGCUGCGCUCGUCCCAUACUUCACCUUAUCAGUGGUCAAGACGUGGUUCUUCCCAGACUACCACAACAAGAUUCAAUGGCUGCAGCACAAGGCCCCGGCUGAUGACCCGGAGGCGGAGCUGGGCAGGGUCCUGCGUCAGUUCUCGGUAAGGUCCACCGGAGUAGGUGUCUCAGCGCGCCGUGACGCCAAGCUGGUUCGCCUCAACAGCAAAAUUUACCAUGAUAACUCAUUGGAAGCUGACAAUCACUUCACAUAGCAUCCCUACCCUACUAUAUAGCUCAACCUGUAAAUACAUAAGCAGGUAGAAAUUAAGCUGCUGCUUGCUUCCUUCCUUCCUUCUCAAGUGUUAAUCUGGUCAGUUGUUAGAGAUGAGCUAGUCACGUUAAUUAGGGUUUAACUGUACAUGAGAGUAUUAAUUUCGUUUCUAGACGCUGAUUAGCUACAAAAAGGAGGCAGUUGAUGUACAUUGGAGUUGAGUGGAGUGGAGUGGAGUAGAGAGCUGCAAGUUUAAUUAGGAGAUGUAUGCUUAGUUUCUUCCCCUCAUUAUGAUUUGGGGUUCAUUUUUUCUUUCUUUCUUUUGUUCUUUGCUUACACAAUACUUUUUGGGGAAUAAAGCUUGUAUUUUGUCCACGAAAGAAUUGAUGCGUUCUGGGGUUGA